UGCUAAGCGCGUAAUGUCAUGGCAAUAACAAAUAUGGCUGCCCGAGGAUGUUUACCAUUUUUUUGUCGAAGAAAACAAUGAAAUAAGACCUGUCUUUAGUGAUUAUUUUUUUUAUUUAGGUGUCAUGCAUUUUGAGGAUUUGAGAAGAGUUUCUACUAAGAGAGUACGGUCAUGGUAUAAACUACAAUAAUAUUUGUUUAGUAAUCUUGUGAAGAUGGAGAAAAUAGCUAAAUGUGACCAAGAAUCCACACACUCGUCUAGCAAGGAAUCAGAAAUUGAAUUCCUAAUCACGAGAAAGAGGAAUGAAGUAAUACGAAAAGCUGGUUAUCAUUGGUCCUUAUUACGUAAUUCUGUAAGGAAUACUGUGAGUGCUGUAUCAGAAACAGAUGUCAGAGAUGUAGAGAUAGUUCAUGGAAUUCAUCAUGUCAGGAAAAUGAACCAUCCUUAUACCAUAGAAAAAGUGGCUAUGAUCAACAAAAGAAGAGAAUAUAUCAGCACUGAUGGAAGAACAUUAAGAAUAUUUCUGGAAGAUGGAAGAAAAAAGACUAAUAUUAUACCAGAAGAAACUAUGGAUAGAGUUUUAUAUUCUUCACUAACUGAUCAAUUUGUAGGAUGGUUACAUCAGUCAGAUGAACUAUUUUUAAUGGAAUUAGAGAACUUAGAAAUUAUUUCACAAGUUCGAACUCCAGGAAAGAUAUGUCUGUGUACAUAUAAUUGUAAUACUGGUGAAGUAUUGGCUGUAGGACCACAUUUUAUUACUACCAUAGCAUUUCGGUAUGGAGCUCGACAUUUGAUACCUAAUAAAACUAUAAAAACUGACUAUGGUGAAGAUAAUAUGUUUCAAUAUAUGGUAUUAGAAGAUACAGCUAGCCAUUCUCAGCGUUUAUAUUUAACUUUACAUAACUCAGUUGUGGUCUAUAACUUACAUCAUGGUCAACUGUUGACACAGAGAAAAGAUUUACAUGUACGACCUAUAACAGCCAUUACAUUUUUUAAUCCUUUAAAAUAUCUGAUUACUGGAGCUUUAGAUGGUACCAUUAAGGUAUGGGAUGAUAAAUGGCAUAUUGUUAUGGUAUUUGUUGGUCACAGUGAGAAGGUGAAUGCUCUAGCUAUAUAUCCUAAUGGACCAGCUAUAAUAUCUGCUAGUACAGACCAUACUAUUAGAGUGUGGCAUUUAGAAACCUGUGAUGAAGUAGAUAGAGUAGCUAUAUCUGAACCUGUAGAUGGAUUGGGUACUGAUUUACAAUACAAUAUGUUCUAUACAUUUUCUGGUAAAAAAAUUGACUUAUGGCAAUUACAACAUGUUUUCAAUAUACAUACAUCUAUUGGACAUAGAGUAACCAGUAUCAAGCUGACAACACACCCAUUCUGUCCUGUACGAGCUGUUGUAAUAUGUUCUGAUUCUAGUAUACGUAUCGUAUCACCUUGUAACGGUAAUGUCUUAACAUCAUUAAUUAUGGAACAAUUUGCAGGUGUUGUUGAUGCUGCUUAUGCCAUAAAUGAAGAAAUAUUAUUUACUGUAAUGGGAAAUGGUGAUAUUGUUAAGAGUGACACUAGUAUCAAUCCAUGUCAAAUACUUCGAAGAUGGAAGUUUUCUAAACCAGAAGGUGGGUAAUUUGCUAACUACAAAAUAAUCCUUAUCAUUAUUUUAUAUAACAUAAUAAUUAACAUAUAAUGAUAGAAAUUAUUUUGUUGUUGAGAGUUGCACUUGUAUGUUUGUUUAUUACUUAAUAUGAACCACUUUAUAUUCACGAUAUACUUACAUAUAAUUUGACAAUAUACUUACCAAUAUAUUCACAAUACUUAACAACAGAUAUCACAAUAUACUUACCCGUUUGUUGUUAUUUAAUUUAUAUCGUAUAAUUAUAAUUGUUGUUAACAUUCUACAGUAUUGUAUGGAUGUAACAUGUUUAUUAACAUUUGAAUUUGAUGCUGUACUAAAUCUGUUUCUAAAAUUCUUGUUAUUUGAAGAAGUAAAUGACUAAAUUCCAAAUUAGAAUAUCAGUUCUAUAAAUGAGGUAUAGAUGAUGCAUAUCUGAAAAUAGCAACCCAUCUCUUAGUGAAUUAAACUUCAGUAUUUUGUAAAAUUGUAACUGAUAAACCAUAGAUAACAACAAAUAAAUGAAUAUUUAGAUUU